UGCCAAAUCCGAAACGAUUCAAAUUCCCUCCGACUCUGAACCUUCUCAGAGACGCUCUUACUCUCAAACACGAUGACUCCGCCACUGCUGAAGCUCGCGCUCGUCAAGGGCCCAAGAGAAGGCGAAUCUUUCGAAUACAAGCCCGGAUCCACUAUCCGAAUCGGCCGAUUCGUUCGUGGCAACGAAAUCGCUAUCAAAGACGCCGGAAUCUCCACCAAACACCUCCGAAUCGACUCCGAUUCCGAGAACUGGAUAAUCCACGACCUCGGAUCUUCCAACGGCACCACGCUCAACUCUGAAUCUCUCGACGCAGACGCUCCCGCUACUCUCCGCCACGGAGACGAAAUCAAGCUCGGUGAGUAUACUUCCAUUGUAGUGAGCUUCGAGACUGAUUUUCAGGCCGAGGAGGUGGAGGAGGAGGAGCAUAAGCUUCCCCCGAGGCCGAGAAGGAAUACGAGACGACGCCUUCCUGAUCCAGAACCGGAUCCGGUUCAGGAGAAACCAACGCAGCCUGAACCGGCGAAGAGAGGUAGGGCUACGAGAAGUAAAGUAGCGAUUACGAAGGAGGAAGAAGAAGCGGCUGUUGCGGUGGAGAAGAAGGGAAACUCUAGGGCUCGGGGAGGUAAGAAGAAGAACACUGAGGCGGUUUUGGAUUCAAUCAAAUUGGAGAUUGAGGAUACACCGAAGGGAGUGGAGAUCUCAGCGAAGAAGAGAGGGACAAGGAGCAGCAGGCAGGUUGGGGAUGUAAAGAGUGAGGAUACUGGUUUAGAGGAGAUGAGAAGAACUACGAGAAGCAAGAGGAAAGAGAUUGGUGGAGAUGAUUCUUUUCUGGAUUUGGAUAUGGUCCUGAGCCAAGCCCGUGCUAACAAGAAGAAAGUGGAGAAGAAGAGCGUUGUAGGAGAGAUGGAAGCUAGAGAUGAGGAUGUUGAAGAUGAUAAGGAAAAUGAAAAGGAUGUUGAAGCUCAGAAAGGUCGCAGUGAACCUAGUGAUGAAGAAGAUGAUGCACCUAAGAGGGUAGAGCAGGUGGAGACUGAGUCAAGAAAGACCACAUUAGGAGAAGAUGAUGCAUGUAAGAGGGAGGAGCAGGUGGAGAUUGAGUCAAGGAAGACCACAUUAGGAGAAGAGGAUGUUGUAGAAGAUAAGGAAAAUGAAAAGGAGGAUGAUACAAGUGAUAAAGAUGAUGAGACGUCUAAGAAGGUCGAGAUUGAGUUAGGGAAGAGCGCAUUAGGAGAAGAUGGAGAGGCAGAGAACUUACAAGAUGCAGUUGAAGAGAGCGUUGAGGUUGGAGUUGAGACAUCAGAUGGAGAGUGUGAUGAAGAAGAAGAAGAAAAGGCUGAGCAGGAAUCAAGGAAUGAAAAGAAUGUAGAGAAGGUGGAUCUAGAGAAGAUGACACUAGGAGAUUGGUUUGAAUACAUGAAGGUGUACAUGCGGAAAAAGAUAGUGGAUGAGACAGAGGAGCUGAUAGAGGGAAUGAGAGCUAAAUCUCGGAGAGUUCACCAGUAUAUUGCAGAGCAGAAGCAAGCACAGGGCAAGAAAAUGGAUGUGUAGAGUUUAAUUUAGACCCAUCCCCCUGAGAGAGAACUAUGACGCUAGUCCUUAUGAAGUUAGGUAGCUAACAUCUUUUUUUAAUCGGCUAAACGUUUUUCUUCUGGUAUGUAGUAUGAAGCACAGGGAAAAUAAAAGCCUGUAUCUAAUAUAUAUAACUCGCUUUGGUGGUGCUAAUCUGGAUGAUGAUUUUGUUUGUGCUA